GUGGACGAGCGCGCAGAAUAUUCUGGGUUUAUUAUUUGCUAAUAGCUUCCAGGGCAGUUAGCAUGAAGAGAGGGGACUUCAUUCAUUCCUGUUAACUCAAGUCUGGGUUUUGUUUCAGUCAAAGCAACGAUGCCACUCACACCUCUCGUUUACUGGGCUCAACGCCACGAAGAAAUUUACCUGCGAGUGGAGCUAACAGACGCUCAGAAUAUUGACGUCCAUGUGCAUGAAAACGUCCUUCACUUUCGAGCUCAGGGGCACGGUGCAAAAGGGCAGAAUGAAUACCAGUUCAGCCUGGAGUUUCUUUCACCAGUAAAGUCAGAGGUGAGCCACAGGUCCACGCAGCGGCAGGUGAACGUUACCGUGCGGAAAGGCCAGCGAGGCUGGUGGGAGAGACUGACGGUACAGGAGCGUAAACCGGUCUUCCUGGCGCCAGACUUUGACCGCUGGCUGGACGAGUCAGACGCCGAGAUGGAGAUCCGGGAAAAGGAGGAGAAAAGGAACAGGCUGAAGGCUUCAAGAGAUAAAGAAACAGGGUUUCUGAGCCUGAAAACAGGAUUUUUGUUCAUUUACAACCUGGUACAGUUUCUCGGAUUUUCAUGGAUCUUCGUCAACAUGACCGUGCGCCUCUUUAUCUUUGGCCAAGAUUCACUCUACGACACGUUUCACACGAUAGCGGACAUGAUGUUCUUCUGCCAGAUCCUGGCAGCAGUGGAGGUCCUCAAUGCAGCUUUUGGUAUAGUCCGGACGGGUGUUAUUCCGACUCUCAUACAGGUGGUUGGAAGGAAUUUUAUCCUCUUCAUCAUUUUUGGUAGUUUGGAGGAAAUGCACCACAAGCCUGUCGUGUUCUUUGUUUUCUACCUGUGGAGCGCUAUUGAGAUCUUUAGGUAUCCGUUUUACAUGCUGGGCUGCUUCAAUACUGAGUGGAAAACCCUCACAUGGCUGCGGUACACGAUCUGGAUGCCAUUGUAUCCUUUAGGCGUUUUAGCUGAAGCUGUUGCGGUGAUACAAUCCAUUCCCAUCUUUGACGAAACUAAACUCCUGAGUAUUCCUCUCCCGAAAUCCAUCGGCACCUCCGUCAGCUUCUCGUACUUCCUGCACAUCUACCUUGUUCUCAUGUUUUUGGGGCUCUUUACCAACUUUCGGCACUUGUACAAGCAGAGGAGCAAGCGCUUCCGAACCAAAAAGCGCAAAGCAAACUGAGACUGAGCGUCGACAGCUUUCGUCGAACGCCUUCGCUGCCUGCUUGGAAACAUCUUAAACGAUCACCGUGUUCCAAAACCCUGCUCUGGUGACAUCAGUUCAGGUUUUAUCAUGCAGUCAUCUUUAACACGUUUCUCAAUAAAAUGGCUUCCUCUUUCGUUAACACCCAACAGAUGAUGCAGUUUUUCAUCAUUGCACAACAGUCACGUUUGCUUAUAUACCAGACAGUAGCUGCUGUAAGCCAUCGAAAGUGAUGUUCCGUGUGACACUGUAUUACUUUUUAUUUUGUUUCAAACCACUGAUAAUUUUGACUUUGUUUGCAUUGAAACAUUCAGCGUUUCGUCAUUUCAAAGAGGGUUACUGGUGCGUGAAUGAAGAACUUAACAAUAUCCUUGAACGCUUGGUUAUUAUUCUGGAUUUCUGAACCGUUCCACAAAGCUCAGGGAAAAUCCUCCUGCUAAAAUACAGAAAGCUUUUUGUGUCCCUUAAGCUCAACAAUAACCUUUGUUGGUUUCCCACUCUGCUGUUUUAUUGUUUUGAAAGUCACAGUAACAAUAACAGUCGUUUCACUGGUUUCCUGUAAAUGUGACACCUAUCUGACACUGAAUAAAAAUGAAAUUUAACUCUG